AAAGCAAACUUGAUAAUUCCAUUAUUACUAGUGAUUCUUCAAGAUAUAUGAAUUAAAUUUAAUUAAAGAGGUAUACAAACAUAUGAAUUUCAAUUAUAAGACAUUCAUUAACAUCGUAUUUUUAUUUAUACUAGUGGAAUCAAGUUUGUGCUCUCAUAUUGGCAGUUGUCUUUUUUUAAAUCGACACCCGACAAGCGAUUGCUGGAGUGAAGCUGAUAUUGCAAAACUAAGGGCAAGAAAAAUUUUUGAGCAAUGCAUACCGCCCAAAGUUGCCCCUGAAAACGUUGAUAGUGCCUAUAUUAAAAAUACUUUAAAGUAUUUUAGGCAAGCAUUGAAUCUGGUUAAUAGAAAUACUGAUAAAGAAACGGGUCUCAUACUAAAAGAGGCACUGGCUGAUACUAUCGGUUCACACAUGAGAAGUGAGAUUUUACCAGCAGUUAGAUUUGCUUACUAUGCUGGAUUUGCACCAUACCGAGGUGUUAGGGAUUUGCACAAUUUCUACGAUAGCAUCAAACUAUUUUUGAACACUCAAGGCUUAGGUUGGAAGAGACCGGAAAGUGUUCCAAUAUGGACAAAUCUAACUGUUGAAAAAAUUCAUGUAGGCGCUGGAAAAUUAUACGACCCUUGCACGCUCUUAACAAUCAAAAGAGAUAAGAAAUCGUGCAUUCACUUUCCUAAGCCAAGCAUCGAUAACAAUGAAGAACCAUCUGCUAUUAUGCUUCCUUUAAAAUCGAACGCACUUGUAAGUUUAACAUCAGAAAAAUCAGAAAACGCAUUAAUAAAAUACUAUACGACCGUAUCGAGGUGUAUACUGAAACGGUCGACGAAUUCUUGUCGACAUGAUGAUUUUGUUAGUUUUAACAAUGAGCUUUGGCAUUGGAUGAAACGUGAUGUAGCGCCAUAUUUAGCUGAAGAAAAACUGUACACUGCAUAUGGUGGAAUUCUAAGGCUCGCAGCUACAGUCCAGAGUUACGGAAAGAGUCUUUCCCGACGAAAUCUAUUUUCAAACGAAGAAUCUGUAAUAUCAAAAUGGCAUCCUUGGAGAGCACUGAGCGAAACGUAUUCUAAUAUUGAUACGGAUUCACCACGCUGCUUUUAUAUAGGUGCAGUAUUAUUCGCUGGAGUAACAAUAUGUCUUUUGCAAAUUAUCUACAGCUUAAUAUUCGGUAAUGGUAGUGGUUGCCACUGUAAGGACAGGCCUAAGUCAUCAUCGUUAUAUAAGGACGUCAAUUAUGCUAAUGUGGAAUCCAGCAUUCCUGCAAUGCUCCCUGCACAAACGGAGAACGUGUGCAGUGAACAAUCCGCAACGAAAGUGUUUAACACAUCGUGCAAAACGGGAAACCCACCAUAUUGCACGGAUAACUACGAUAUACGCGUAAGUAGGGACCAAAUGAUGGAUGGCGUUGAGAGCGAGAACGAUGAUUUCACUGACGAGUCAUCGACAUCAAAAACCAGAGAUGUCGAUGAUAAUGUGAUCGAUGUGGGACUGGUUGACCGAGGCCGAAGCCCACCUAAAAUAGACACGUCCAUUGAAGAGGUUGUUAUUAAGCGUGGGCCAAAUUAUCACCGUCAGAUGUGUUCUGCGAGCACGGUAACUUUCCAUGAAGAACGUGGGACUGACACUGUAUGGUCUGGCUCUGAGAGUUCGUCGGGCGAGUCGGUAUCUUCGGGAAGUUCUAAGUCCAGGUGUCCUAGGAGUAGCUCCAGAGAAUUAGCGUGGGCUAAACAGGUGAUUACGAAAAGAGAUCGAACGAGAUCAUCAACUGCUACAGAAUCUCAUUAAAAUAUUUUUUUCCUAGCAGAGUACCUACAACGUGUGGUGAAUAAUAAUUUAUUUAUUUUCAAACAAACUCAACCAAACAAUCCCUUACACUAUUCUCAAUCAAACUCAAACAAUUCAAUCCCUGGGAUCACAAUCCAUUUCCAACAUGCAUUAUAAUGGAAAACAGAGAAUAUUUGUAGAUAUGUUUAAUUAAUUAUAUAAUGUAUUUGAUUUGGGGUAUAGAUUUAUUUUGUAAGGUAUGUUAGGUUCGUUUAAGAAUUUAUGUUUUCUAAGUAAUGUAUUACAGUACUGCAUCAUAA